AUGCCUCAAAAUACUGAUGACAUCCGAAACUUGGCCAGAAGUCUUGAAGCAAGUCAAAGCCGUCAACAUGGUAGAGAAAUCAUCUGGAGGAAAACUAGUUUUUUAGUAAAAACCUCGCCGCAAAAUCUUAAAGCUAUAUCUUGGAGUCUACUAGAUCGGAACUAUUAUCGCUAUGGCCUGCCGACCUACGCUUAUCCUCUAAUGACGGGCAAAAAUGAAAAAAAUGAAGAUCAAAUCGUAGUCCGUGGAUACAACAAGAUAUUCAAUGUCGAGGAGAUUGUCCCAACUACCUGGCUGGAGAUUCAAAGGAAGACUAAAGGACCAUAUGAAGUCAGCGGUAUAGAGGACGGCUGUACCAUUUUGAUCGGCGGUCUUUGGGACGGAACUCUUUUAGUCGUGAGCAAAUUUCCCUGCAGCACCCAAGACGGCAGCACUGGUCCUGAAGAGGCUGGAGAGAGAUGGCUGGAGAAGCAACUCGCCAAGCUCGAUAAGUCUAAGAAAGACCUCGCUAUAGAACUAAGGUUCAGAAAUGUCACCCUCGUGGCAGAGCUGUGUGACGACAGUUUUGAGGAGCGUGUCAUGUCUUAUACUGGAAAAAAGGCAGGACUCUACCUUCACGGAAUCAAUGAGAAUGUUCCAAAAUUUGUAAGCUACCCGAGCGCUCAAGUACAAAAGUUUGCAAAAGAGUGGGGAUUUCUAACGCAGAACUUUGUGGUAUUCCAAGGAAUCAAAGCUACCAGGAAUUACAUUGAAAAUACAUCAAAAGCUGGGACACACAAUGGAAGGGUAGUGAAAGGGAUUGUUAUUCGGUGCAAGAUGCUUUGGGGUAAGUUGAGUGAAUAUGAAGACUUUUUUUUUAAGUGCAGACUUGAAGGGCCAUAUCAGUUUUAUCAUCAUUGGCGCGAGUGCACUUACGCUGCUGUCCACAACAGGUUUAUUCGAUAUAAGAAGGGAAUUUCACUCACAGAAGAAUAUUUGAGGUUUAUUUUGGUAAAGCUUUCGAAAAAUCCAGAUAUGAUAAAAGCUUGCCAGGAGGGUCGCGGUAUAAUUAAGCUCCGAGAAGACUUUCUUCAAGGAAAAAAUUUGAAGAGCUUUGAUAUCGCAAAGAUAGCACAGACAAAACUUAGUUGUUCUCAAUCUAAUGCUACCAAAGACAUUGUUCUGAUGUCUAUUGGCACUCUUGGAUGCGGAAAGACUACCAUAGCUGUCUCACUUUGUUAUCUCUUUCAGUGGGGAAUAGUUCAAAAUAAUGAUAUUCGGGGUAAGAAUCGACCACCGCGAUUUAUGAAAAGAAUUUUAGAACAAUUAAAAGAGAAACCAGUCGUUUUCGCUGAUCGAAAUAAUCCAGAACGACGAGAACGAAAGCAGUUUCUUGAAGACAUGUCAAUGACACGACCAGAUGUUCGAGUUAUCGCUCUCCAUUAUAUCCAUAACGGACGAUCAAUGAAGAAUAUUCGGCGAGUGACUCGAGCCAGGGUCAUUUCGCGGGGUGACAACCAUCAAAAUAUUUACGCAGCCAAAGACAAAAAUAAAGUCAUUUCGAUUAUGGAAGACUUUAUUAGACGCUUCCAGCCUCUUAGAAUUAAGGAAAAGCCUGAUAGUGACUUUCACGCAGUGAUUAAUCUUGAUCCCACUUUAGAUUCAAUCAAAAAUUUACGAACCGUCAUAAAGAGACUUCAGGCUUUAUUUCCAAAUAUAAUUUCCAAAGAGCCAACAAGCAAGGAUUUGGAGGAUGCUAUCAACUACGCGAUCCAUGAGUAUAAGCCCAACACUGAGAUCCCAGCUUCAACGCUGCGGGAUGAGCCUGUUAGUUAUGAAAACAAAAGCGUACAUUUACUGGACUAG